AAUCUAGGAAUGAAGAAGAGGAGGAGGAGAGGCGAAAAGGGAGUAAGAGUAUAUUAAUGCAGAGACAGUGCGGACACAGUUGACACUCGUAGUGAGAUAGUAAACACAUACGCAGCUGUCACACGACACUACACAAAUCCAUUGUCUUUCUUACUUCUGUUAUGGCCACCAAAUUAGAGUUUGCAGCUGUCACAUCUCUCUCUUUCUCUCUCUUUAAUAUAUAUAAAUAAAUAAAUAAAUAAAUUUCUUCCCUCUCGAUAUAUAUAUACUUUUGUUGCAAUCAACCUUCCAAACAACCAUCAAAUAAUAACCAUAAUACAUCAUCAUAAACCAUACCCACCUCUCUUUCUCUGAACCUCUAGAAAUGCAAUGAUGAGGAUGACAUAUAUAGUAGAAAGCAGAAAAGUUUGAUGGAAUUUUGGUCCGGGAAAAGAGAAUGAGUGAAACGGUAGUGACUCUCCAUCCGCAAACAAGGACACCCAUUUCUUCUUUGGAUGCCAUGGCUCAUCAUCACCACCCACAUUAUCGGUCACAGUUCGGAGACACAACGUUCACCAAAUUGUUCGUGGGAGGACUAGCCUGGGAGACUCCCACCGAAGAAAUGCGCAAAUAUUUCGAGCAGUUCGGAGACAUUCUUGAAGCUGUCAUAAUCACUGACAAGAGCACCGGAAAAUCCAAAGGCUACGGAUUCGUAACAUUCUGCGAUCAGGAAUCAGCAAGAAGGGCAUGUGCUGAUCCAAACCCAGUAAUAGAUGGAAGAACAGCAAAUUGUAACAUUGCUUCUCUGGGAAGGACUCGACCUUCACCACCCCGAGGGAGGAAUAUAGUUCAAGGUGGAGGAGGAUCAGCACCGGCAGCGGGAGCACCGUCGCUGCCACCACCACCACCACCACCACCACCUGUUCUGUACCCACCAUAUGGCUAUACAACCUACACUCCUGCUGAUUACGGGUACCAAGCCACAUUGUACAACCCACAGAUUCAACAACCGCAAUACUAUCAACAACUUUAUGGAGCAUCAUCUUCAACCAUGAGCACCCCAUAUUACUAUGGUUAUUCAUUGCAAGCACCAAGAAACACAUUUUCUUCACCCCAAGCAAAUCGCUCCUAUCUAUACUACCCAACGCCCAUGGAAGUCUCAUUCUCUGGAUAUCGUCCACCCCAACAAUCACCAAUGAGGCAACCCUUUCCUUCCCUUAAUGAUUCACAGAGUCAGCAACGUACCUCCUCUGAAACAGCAGCCGGAGUAGCUAUAACUUCAGAAAGUUCAAAUACUCAAGGGAAGAACUAAUAAAUAUAUAAUACCUGCUAAGUUUCAACUGUUAAAUUUCAUCACAUUAAUUCCUCAUCCUUUUCCACAUCAUAUCAUAAUUUUUUUAGUCCACAAGCUUUUGCUUUAGGAAAUAAUGCUUCAGCUGUUCUCCACAUGACAUUUUCUAAAGACGGACUAAUCAACUUCUUCAUUAUCUUCUCCUUUCACUUAUUCACACACACGCAUGUAGGACGUAUUAAGUACAAGUGUGAGAAGUGAAAUGAAUAUUUGCCAUGUAUAAAUCUAUUAUAUUAAGAUUAACUACUAUAUAUCACGGUACAA